AUGAGCGAUGAGUUGAAGCUCAAGGCGUUCGAGCUCAAUUGGGCAAAAUUGCAACCUCCUGCACGUCUGAACAUCGAUGCGGUUAGACUGUGUGUUCGACUCCUGCCCGAGCUUGGCGACCAAAACCGCGAGUCACAUGAGAGGCUCAGAGACCUUCUCCUGCACCGGAUGCGGGAUGAAGAGCAGGACUCGCAGUACCUCUACCAGCUCGCCGAAGCUUUGACCAGCAACGCGUCGUUCGCUGUGCUGUUCUACGCAUCGAUCUGGAAAGCGGUGCUUGACGCUGCUCCGUGCUUACCUGCAGAAGAACGCAUACGACAAACGGCGGCCUUCCUCGCAUUCCUGAAAUGCUCCUUCUGGUUGCCACCGGACAGCUUGCAUGUUGUCGGCCCUGGUGAAUCAAGGAUACUGACGUCGUUCAUUGGCAGAGAGGGCCUAGCGGAGCCUGCGCUCGACGCGCUUUCCGCCCUCCUGGCACUGUCCAGUCGCCAGCCUCAGGAGCCAAUACACACUUCCAACCUUGUAAGCCAUGGAGUCUGGGCGAAGCUGGAUCCCGCGUCCGGGAGAUACGUCCUGGAUGGGUCGCUCACCUACACUUCUCUCUGGUCCCAACUCAAGACCCUCAGCCUCGCACACUUCGAGACCAAGUCGAGCAAGUUGUUCAGGGUCUGGUUUCAGUGGAUCUCGCAAAUAGUCAAAGAAGACCUCCUCGUGGAGGACGGCGGCAUACACCAAGAGCUCUACUGGGACAGAGUGAGGACUGGUCUGCUCACUGGGUUCGCUGACCAGCGCAAGUACUGCCUCGGGAUUAUACGUGCUUCUUUGCUCGCUGCCAAAACCGACAUUGACACUCACACAAUGUGCUUGCAGAUUGACGAGCGUGAUACUUACAUCAAAGCCUACGAUCGAUACUUUGUUCUCUACGAGACCAUCGUCCUCGACCGCUACGCAAACCAGAUCGAAGCCUGUCUCCCAGAGCUUUCGGCACUGUUCGGCCCUCAGUCUACUAUCACUGCUUCCAUGGCAACAACUCUACUCUCUUCCGGUUUGGAUCCCCAAUUACAAGAAGGCAUCCGCAAGAUCAUUGGCAACUGGUACUUUAGCUUCAUGAGUGGUGACCAGAGUCCCCUCUCCAAGGACGCGGAGACUUUGGCCGAACACACAGACUUCCUCGUGAGAGGCUUCCUGCCGUGGGCCACUCAAGGCAGUCUUUUCACUGCGACUUUGAAAGCGAACCGCACAACUACGGAGUGCGGCCAUGGUGCAGCUCUUGUCAAGCUCAUCGCUCGCUUCGUCACAUCAAAGUUUGCAGAUGACAAGUACCGCGAGCGACUGCUCGUCUCCAUCUUGAAAUAUGUGCUCGAUACAGGAGGCAAGAUCUUCCAGAUGUCAAUUCUAUACCUGCUGGAGGGACUCAUCGCAGGCUAUGACACAGUCUCCAAAGACAGCGUUCAAUCAGGAAGCACUCAGCUUACUCAACAAGCCGUGGAAGUCAUCCUCCGCAUCUCGAGAACUCCUGGCCUUCCAGAGGUUGCCACUGACCUUUACAAAGUCUAUUGCAGGCGACUGUGCGAGUUUGCCGCCCCCCACGUAGACUUGGCCUCGGUGCCGGGCUUUGAAGCAUUGAGCGACCGGGUUGAACAGCUCAAGGCGAUCGAAGCUGCGGCCGAGUCGACUUUGGUCGACUACAGGCUGGCAUCGGUGCCUCAUUUCCUGGUGACACUGCGACAGACAAAGCACGCAUCCAUUCAGGGCUCCGCCUACGCGAUAGCAUGCAGUCAGCUUGCAGACUACUUUGACAACGCCGAGCCCACGUCAAUCAUUCCGGAUGAGCUUCACGCUGCACUGGAGGCGAUGUGGGAGGAAGCAGACCGCAGGGAGUUCAACAGGUCCGUUGCCAUACAUCUGCCUACCCUGCUUUUUCACCCGGUCUGCAUCCAAGUCUGUUUGAAGGAGAAUGUAGAGGCCUCGUCGACAGGCAGCCUCACAGCUCUUCUGACCAAGGCUGUGGAGACAUUGCAACGACUCUCCGAAGGGCGCUCGUAUGUCCUUGCCAGUUUUGCUACGUCCCUGCGAAGGGCUGCCUUCUCGUACCCCGCCAUUAUUGAGGUGCUGCCGUAUGAAGACGUUAUCCUCCGCUUCCUGAACCAUCCACCGGCCGCAAAGUCUGAGUUCCUGUUCGAAGUGGCUGCUGCACAAAAGCUUGAGCGCUACAUACCUCACCGAACCUACGGCUUUUACUAUGGUCAACGCGAGUGGCACGCGUACGCCGCCUGGAUCGACCUCCUCAAUCGUUUUCCAGAAGAGCAGAAGCGCGUUGCGAAACGUGUGUUCGACAGGCUCCUUGAGCCCUGGGCUGGCCAGAAAGGAUUCGUCCCUGUGAUCGCCAAAUGGAAGGACGUCUUCCAGCUGCAGGCCAUGCUCGUACUUGUUGAGCAUUGCAUAUCCGAGAGCGAUGCAGACGCAUACCUCGACAACUUCAUGCACGCUCUGACUGUCGAGCAAUGGCCGCGCUACCGCUUCGUUCUCGAAUGGAUCAUCGCGCGCAUUUACUUCCAUUACCCCAACAAAGCCCAUCGCAUUCUCAAGGAUCUGGCGCAUCUCGACGAAAGUAGCCCAAUCCACAUCGCAUCGCUGAUGAAGCUUGCAGUCCUCACUGCACCUUUCUUGGGUUCGGACGAGUUUGCACUCAGCCUCAUCAUCCAGCUCAUCCCCUUCUCGGCCAGCCAGAAAGUGCACAUCAGACACGAAGCUCACCUCUGCUUUCCCAUAAUCUUCGAGCUAGCCGAACGCAAAGGCUGGACAGCCAUCACCUCCAAUCCCGGCUUCUCGGUGCUGAACACGCACAUCCGGCAAACCGAAAAGUUCAAGACUCCGGCUUGGUCCAUCAGAACGCUUAGGAUUGAUGCUGUUGUUGACUUCACGCUUUGCCAGAUCUUCCAAGGGCAGUAUCUGUACAUUGAAAGUCCAGAGCCGGAGCGCGUUGCGCACGAAGACUUCGUUGCCAUCGCCCAAGCCAACGACAAGACAACCAUGCCACCUGCACGGAUCGAACCAGGUAGCCCAAGGGUGCAAACAGCAAUCCCCAUGAACCCAAAGCCAGCAGAGUAUGUCCUCGACGAGGACGGCGUCAAGUCCAACUUCUACCAGACCAAGUCUGGCUUCGACUUCACCUCGCUCCUCCCCGCUCCCGGAGCGCCGCACCUUCAAGACAGGCAGCCCGCGUCCGUCAUCCUAAUCGCCUCGCUCAUCGACAACCCCACGAAUCUGGGCGGUCUGUCACGUAUCUCAGAGUCCUUCGGCCUGGAGACCCUGUACAUCAACGACAUCAAGAAGACCAGCCACAAAGACUUCAAAGCCACCAGCGUGACAAGCGAGAAACACCUCCCGAUCAAAGAACUCCGGGAAGCGAGAGUACCCGCCUUCAUCACGGAUAUGAAGAGGAAGGGCUACGAGAUCGUGGGCAUCGAGCAGACGGACCGGAGCGGUGUGCUCGGCGAGGACACGGCGGCGGGCGGCAAGGAUGUCGGUACCCUGCCGAGACGCUGUGUGCUUGUGCUCGGGGCGGAGAAGAGCGGCAUCACGCCCGAGGUUCUGGGCGUGCUGGAUCGCUGUGUGGAGAUUCGCACGGUCGGGGUCACGCGCAGUCUGAACGUGCAGACUGCGGGCGGCAUCGCCGUGUAUGAGUGGUGGAGGGAGUGGCAUGGGAGGAUGUGA